AAAGAUAGUUCUGUGGAAAAGUUCAAGCCAUACAGUCCGUUUCAGGACACGAAGAACCGAGGGGAGUACGUCGUUGCCCGUCUUGAUGACUUGAUGAAUUGGGGUCGAAAGUGCUGCAAUCUUUUAUUUUGUCAUUUCUCGCUCCGGAAGCCGCUUGUAUCAAAGACAUAUUUUGUUGGAAUUCGAAAAGAUCAAAUUGUUUUGUUUCAGGGUUCUUUGUGGCCCUUGACAUUCGGACUCGCUUGUUGUGCAGUGGAAAUGAUGCACAUUGCAGCCCCGCGUUACGAUAUGGAUCGUUUUGGGAUUGUGUUUCGAGCAUCUCCUCGUCAAGUCGACUGCAUC